GUUUCAGAUCAUUAUCGUUAUUUCUAGAUAGUAGUAGCAGUGCUACAUUGGCUAGGGUUUUCCCCCCGUACUGUUCAGAUGAAGGAAUUGUAUGGAGAUUUGGUCGUUUGUUUUGAGCUCUCCCACAUUCGAAUUGAGAAGACAGAUACUGGGGAAAAACGUUUGGAUUCAUUUUCGUAGAAUUUAUGCAAUCAGUGAUUGUCAUGGGUUGAUUGUAGUUGAACUACAUCGGCUUCACUUGUCCGCAGGGCAUGGAUUACAGCUCUGGUGAAGCAUCAGAUGCAAGUGAUUCUGACAUAGAGGACUUGGUGGCCAAAUCUUACAUGUAUUUAAGGACAAAGAAAUUGAAAGUAAAAUUCUCAGAAAGUGUAUAUAGAUGCCCAUUCUGUGUGGGCAAGAAGAAACAAGAUUACCAGUACAAGGAUCUGCUUCAGCAUGCUAGUGGAAUCGGGGCAUCUAAUCGGAAGGCAAAACUGAAAGCGGAUCAUCAGGCACUGGAAAAAUUCUUAAAGAAUGACCUUGUUGAUUCUGCAGGUCCAUCACUGCAGCUAAUGGUUAUUGAACCUCCAAAGCAGAAAGAGGAUAAGUUUGUUUGGCCGUGGAUGGGCAUUAUUGUCAAUGUUCCGACAGAAUUCAAGGAUGGUAGAUAUGUAGCUGAGAGUGGAACAAGGCUUAAAGAGCAGCUCUCUAGAUUUAACCCUGUAAAAGUUCACGCAAUAUGGACUCAUAGAGGUCAUACAGGGAAUGCAGUUGUUGAUUUCAGCAAAGACUGGGGUGGAUUCAAGGAUGCGAUGGCAUUUGAAAAUCAUUUUGAAUCAGAACGUUUUGGUAAAAAGGAUUGGCAAAGAAAUAGACACCGUGGGUUUGACAUUUAUGGUUGGGUUGCAAGAAGUGACGAUUAUGAAUCUUCUGGCCCCAUUGGGGAGCAUUUGCGAAAAAAUGGAGAUCUUAAAACUGUCUCCGAUUUGUCAAAUGAAGAAAAUCGUAGAACCGAUAAACUUGUAGCUAAUCUGGCAAGCGAGAUAGAGGCCAAGACCAAGCAUUUACAUGAACUUGAAUGUAAGUACAAUCAGACAACUAUGUCCUUAGAUAAGAUGAUGGCUGAGAAGGAACGGUUACAGCAAGCUCAUAACAGAGAAAUUGAGAAGAUGCAGGAAGAGAACCGGAAUCAUUCACAUAGAAUUUUUAGAGAAAAUAAGAAACUGAAAUCAGAGCUGAAUUGUAAAUUGGAAGAAUUAGCUUCAAGAAAAAAGCAACUUGAUCAGUUGGCUGCUCGAAAUGAUAUUGAUCGUAGAAAGCUAGAAGAUGAGAAGAAAAAGAAUGAACUGAAAAACAACUCCCUUCAAAUGGCAACUAAAGAGCAACAGAAGGCUGAUGAAGAUGUUCUGUCCCUUCUUAAAAAACAGGAGGAAGAGAAAAAGGACGCGUUCAACAAGAUAAUUCAAUUAGAGAAGCAGUUAGAUCAUAAACACAAAAUGGAACUGGAAAUCCAACAGCUUAGAAGCAAUAUACAGGUGAUGAAGCAUAUGGGUGAUGAAGAAGAUGCGGCACUCAAGAAGAAAGUGAAUGAAAUGGACGAAGAACUGAAGGACAAAGUUGAAGAAAUGGAAGCUCUGGAGGAUCUUAAUCAAACUUUAGUUGUCAAGGAAAGACGUGCCAAUGAUGAGCUACAAGAAGCUCGCAAAGAGCUCAUCCAUAAUCUGAAGGAAAUGUCAAGCAACAGCCGUGCGCUCAUUGGAAUAAAGAGAAUGGGUGAAAUUUGUUCCAAGGCAUUUCAAAUUGCAUGCAAAGAAAGAUUUCCUGGAGGCGAUGUAGAGAUUAAAACUGCAGAAUAUUGUUCAAAGUGGCAAGACGAACUAAAAAAGCCAGAAUGGCAUCCUUUUAAAGUAAUAGCCGUUGAUGGGAAGCAUCAGGAAGUAAUAAAGGAGGACGAUGAGAAAUUGCAGGCACUGAAAAAUGAAUUGGGUGACGGCGUCUACGGGGCUGUGACUACAGCCUUGCUGGAGAUGAAUGAAUAUAAUCCUAGUGGCAGAUAUACUAUAUCUGAACUUUGGAAUUUUAAAGAAAGCCGCAGAGCAACAUUGAAAGAGGGCAUAGCACAUGUAAUGAGACAGUUGAAAACUCUCAAGCGUAAGCGGGUUGCUGAGAAAAGUUCAUUGCUUGAUGUGGAAAAAUUCUGGAGGAAGCUGGUACUAUACUGUUCGUGCACUGUCAAAUAUGCUAACCAUGUAGACUUCCAUUUGGCCGAAUUUGAGAUAUUCUCUGGUUUACCGAUUAACAUAGUAAAAUUCACAUACAUUAUUACUAAAUGAAGCAAGCAGAAACGUAGACUAAUUUUUGCUGGCCAAUCAGUGUGAGCUUUUUCUUCGUGCUUCUUGUUAUGCUGGUUAUUUUACUGAGAGGAAUCUUAUUGCAACUUAUGUAGUUUUGCUUAAGAAUCGCAGAUUAAUGUCGAGUUCAAUGAUAUCGAAAUCUAUUUGGUUGUA